UGUCAGGUGCGCAGGCUGUGCAUGGGAUGGGUGUCAGGUGCGCAGGCUGUGCAUGGGAUGGGUGUCAGGCCGUGCAUGGGAUGGGUGUCAGGUGCGCAGGCUGUGCAUGGGAUGGGUGUCAGGUGCUCAGGCUGUACAUGGGAUGGGUGCCACCUACCAGUGCCUCCUCAUCAGUGCCCAUCAGUACAGUGCAGUCUAUCAGUGCCCAUCACUGCAGCCUCAUUAGCGCACAUCAGUGAAGGAAAAAAAUCACUUAUUUACAAAACUUUAUAA